AUGCAAACAUGUCAACUUUGCUUGAAAAAUACAGCGUUGAUUCAAUUGAUUUGCUCUCAUCACAUCUGUCUCAAAUGCACAAAUAAAAAUAAGCAAUUACAAUAAAGCUAAUUAUAAAACAAAUAUUGGAUUCAAUGUUCAAAAUGUUAAAAGAAAACAUUUAGUUACGACUUCUCGAAUCUCUUAAUUGAAUCUCAUGAAUUGAGUUUACUUACUGAUAGAAGUCAACAUCAAUUUUAAUUGAAUGAAGUAAAAAUUUAUGUUAUUAUCUACCUUCCAACACUUUAGAGUUAACUCAUCAUUGAACCACAAAUGUUCUAACGUCGCAGAUCCAUGAAUGCUAUCGAUUUAUUCACCAAAAAUACAUCCCCAAUUAGAUUAGAAAAGUCAAAAAAUACAACUUAAAAAUUAAAACAAUCUACCAUUAAUGUCAAUAAAUAGAAUGUUCUUAUCUCAAGUGUCCAACUCAAAAAAUCUUCAGAUAAAAAGCCAUCCCACAAGAGAUGUUAAACCGGAAUUGUGGAGAACAAAUAGGUCUUAAAUAGUAUGUUAAACUUCAAAAAAUUAUCAAAACAAAAAACUAGCCCUAUCUAAAAAUGCUGUUCUAUAUUCGAUUAUCUAUUGAGUCUCUCAUAUCAACAAACUAAAACAUCAGAUAGGAAAUAGUUCAGUCUCGCUAAUUCCUCGAAAAUUGACAGCAAGAAAAAUAUUAAAAGCAGAUGUCAUAGUCAAAUGUAAAUCAAAUAGAAAAUUAAAAAUUGAUUUCAUAUCAAUCCAACAUUAAUCUCAUAUAUUAUUUGCC